AUGACAAUAGGUUACUUGUGGUACUCAGUUGUAUUUCGAGAACGAUACAUGAAAGAAGCCAAUGUGAAGCAGGAGAAAGAAAAAGAAAACAAUAAAUAAAAUAAUUGGCCAUUAUUAUUUGAAUUGGCAGGAAGAUUCUUGUAAGCGUGCUUGAUAACAAUCUUUUACAACGUAUUAAAGUCCAAAGACGAACGCGAUUUAAUUUUGGCGCUUACUUUGGCUGUGUUUUUUAGUUUGAGCUUUUAAGUGCAAUACUACACAUCGAAGGUAGUUUGGGAAUAGAAGACAUGGAAUUAUUUUGUUAUAAAGGUGGGUGAACAAUUUAUUUCGCUCUCCACUCUUUCCAUAAUUGCAUACAUUUUUGUAAAGUGA